GAAAGCAGCACAAGAGGGAGACCCGGACGCGACCAGUCACGCGACCCACGCUACUGGUUACUCUUCGCCGCCGCCGCCAUUGCCGAGCACGGGAGCGCCGAGACCCACACUGCUCGCUUCGCCAUGGACAGCGGCGGCAACAGGAGCGGCACUGCCGGGGGAGGGGACGGCGCGUGCAGCGGCGGCCACCUGUGCCACCUGUGCGGGUACAAGUACGCGAGCGCGCACCCCAGCGCCAAGCAGCGGCGCGCGCACCGCAAGAACUGCGGCGUUGGCGGCGGCGGCGGCGGCAAGUCGCCGCCCACCGCCGCCGCCGCCAGUGCGGAGGUGGAGGAAGAGCGCCAAGGCAAGAAGUUGGUGCUAGGUGAGGAUGUCGGAGGAGAGGGAAAUGGGGCGCCUGCUUCGGAUUCUGGCGGCGUUUUGCCCGGAUCUGCGGAGGAUGUUGGGAAUGCAGUAGAUGACGACGACACUGGAGUGCACUCUUCUCCUAAUACUGCCGGAGUUCACGUCAUUAUCAAUGAUGUCACUUCUGAAGGGCCUCCUAAGGCUAAUGGGACUGACGUUCAAACUGAAGUUGAUCUGCGGCUGCCUGAAAGCGCACCGCAUUUUCAAGAUUUGUAUCCGUCUGAAUCACAUUGUAGUGGUGAUCAGCAUCAGGAUGCUGAAUCACAUUGUAGUGGUGAUCAGCAUCAGGAUGCCUCCGCUUCCCAUUGUCAGCCAGAGCCUGAAGAUGGUGCAAGAUUCAGUCCAGACUUCUCUGCAGAUGAAACAAGCAAGUCAAAUGCCUCCGCUUCCCAUUGUCAGCCAGAGCCUGAAGAUGGUGCAAGAUUCAGUCCAGACUUCUCUGCAGAUGAAACAAGCAAGUCAAAUGCUGUGUCCCUGGCAUCAGAUGCUGCUUCAGGUGAAUUUUCUGCACAAACAAUUGCUACAGCUGGUAGCCCUGAUGGUAUUGCCGUUACUGAAAAUGAUUGUAUGAUCAACACCAUUGAAGAAGACAAAACUAGUGAGGGCAAGUCGGUAAAAGGUAAUGAGAUUGAUUCGUCCUAUCAAGAGAAGCUGCAAAGCAAAAUUGUUGAGGGGCAUAGUCCUACUGCAGUGGAGGAAGAUCUAUAUGUCAACGACUUAGGUGUGGUUCCCGGAGAGCAAAACCCCAGUGAAGACACUGAAUCCAAGGACGAAAGCGGGGUUAUCGAACCUAACCCAGUUGAGCAAGUUUGUACCAUCAAGGAACCUGUCGAUGUACUUGGGAAUAAGGAGCCUUCAACUGAUAAUAAUGUCCACACAGAUGAUACCAGUAGUGAUGAUUUAUCUCAACUUGCUUCUGGUGGUUGUCAUUUGGAGGCAGCAGAUGUUGUCGAAACACAGCAGCAAAUUGAUUCUACUUCUGUGGUAGCAUAUCAGCUGACAAAUUCCAAACAGACAUGCCUUGAAGAAGGGUCAAGCUAUCCUGGUGCAGAUGAGGUUCUCCAAGCUGUAUCAAGUGUAACAGAGUCUCCUGUGGAUAGUCUAGUUGAGGAGGUCAUAUCAGCUGGCAGUGCUUCUGAUGUUACAAAGAAAGAUACCUCCGAGGUGACAACAGAAGAUGACACACAGAAUAAUUCUAGCCAUACAAGUAAUGUCAUUUCCAUGCCAUCUCAAAUUGACCCAAUAGAGCCUAGCUUAGACCCUACUCAGGAGAUCAGUAUGAGUAGCAAGCAUGAUGUUGAUGAGAAUAAACAAAUUGAGAACGUAAGUGUGGACCUUACCUCCCGUGAGACUAACGAUGUAUGCAGUACGGAUAACAUUGAAGAGACUAAGCAGAUUGAAGAAAUUAGUGCAGAAGAGAGUACUCUGAAGACCAGCAUAUUACAGAGUGCAAGUAGUGUUGAGGAAAAAGAACAGAUUGAAGAGGUGAUAGCAGAUCCUGCUUCUGACAAUAUGGAUGUGAUAAGCAGCAGAGACAUAAUUGUGCAAAAGGAACAGAGUGCUGUCCAUGUGGGAACUGUUCAUGAGAUAAAUGUGGUGGAUAUCCCAGCUAUAGUUGAAUUAGAGAAGCACGGUGAAGAAAGUACCGCAGACCUCCCAGCUAUAGUUGAAUUAGAGAAGCACGGUGAAGAAACUACCGCAGACCCUACUGCUCAGAAGGCAAACAUUACAGAUGAAGUUGAAGAAAAGAAGCAAGAUGAAGAAAUUACGCCAGAUCCUGCUCCUCAUGCUAUCAAUGUGACACACGAAGACAAUAUGCAGAAUGAAGACAAGCCAGAGAUCCCUAGUUCUCACGAAAAUGUACUUGACGGCACAGAUAUUGUUAAAGAAAAGGGUGAAGAAACUAUGUCAGAGCCAACCUCUCACAACACUGAUGCGGUAAGCAUUGUUGAUGCCAUUCAAGGAAAGGAGAAAGAAGAGGUAACUCCAGAAUCUACUCUUGAUGUUAGCUUGGUCCACACCAUUGACAAUGUCAAAGGAAAGGAGAGUGAAGAGCCUACUUCAGGCCCUACAUCCGUCAAUGCCGGAGGCAAUGCAGGUACUAUCCUUGUCGCGGACUCUAGUUCUCACAUGAACAGCACGCCACAGGGCACAAAUGAUGCCAAAGAAGAGGACCGGGAUGAAAAGGCUGCUGCGGACCAUGCUCGGACCGAUGGUGUUGAAGAAAAGAAGCAGAAGGAAGAGACUGCCGCAGAGACCAACACCAAGGAUAGCGCAAAUGACCAUCUGAAUGAAGAGAUCACAGACAAGGAAAUGACAAUAGAUUCAGAUAAGAGCCAUGUGUCCCUGAAGUCCCUUCUCUCCGAGAAAGGCAUUGAAUUUGAAGUUAAAGAAAAGAAGGCGAGCACCAAGGACCGAAUGCUGUCGUUCAGGCGCAGAUCGUCGAAGGACAACCCUUCGCCUACCAAGCCAGGUUCUGAGCAGCAAGACUGGAACUCUCCGGCCAGGCUACCGGUGGAGAAGUCGCCGAAAGGGAAGAAGCAGCAGUGGAUGCCGUUUAUUUGCUGCCACUCCAUGAACUGACCGUGCUGAGGGUCUUUCUGGAGAUCAUACUAGUGUGUCGGUGUGGUUAGGCUUGUCCAGAUUUGUAAAUGGUCAUUCCGGUUUGCUCUGUCGUGUGUUCGCACCGAUGAUGUCUCAGACUUCAGUUUGUCCCAUCAUCACUUUUUUGUUUGGAGUUGCUCGUUUAUUUGAUUCGAGUAGUCCUGUACUUUGUUGAUUUCUUCUUCUUAACACUAAAUUUCUACUUGCUCAA